AUGGCUGAAUCUGCAGAGGCAAGCAUGAGCUUGCCGGAGCGUGUCAAAGAAAAAGUUGAGAACGCGGUGGCGGACAAGAAGCCCAAAAAAGAAAAAGCGCCCAAGCAGCCCAAACCCCCCAAGGAGGCAAAACCACCAGCGGAGAAACCUGUGAAACCUGCAAAACCCGCCAAUGCACCGCCAUCAGCGCCGGUCGACCCCGACGCCAUGUUCAAGGAGGGCUGGCUGGCGGCUGUUCGGAAGGAACGGCCAGCCGACGAACCGGUCGUCACACGAUUCCCGCCGGAACCGAAUGGCUAUCUCCAUAUCGGCCACAGCAAAGCCAUUGCGAUCAAUUUCGGGUUUGCGCGAUUCCAUGGCGGAAAAUGCAACUUGCGGUUCGACGACACAAACCCCGAAGCGGAAGAAGAAGUCUACUUUACCGCCAUUGAAGAUAUUGUGCACUGGUUAGGAUUCAAUCCCGCCCGGAUCACCUACUCCAGCGACUUCUUUGACCGGUUGUACGAGUUGGCCGAGAAGCUUAUCACCUUGGACGGCGCGUAUGUAUGCCACUGCACAGACGAGGAGCUCAAAGAUCAGCGAGGCGGCACCGAUCCGAAGAACAAGCAUGAAAGAUACGCUUGCCCUCAUCGAGACCGACCCGUUGAAGAAUCGCUGGCCGAGUUUCGAGCGAUGAGAGACGGCAAAUACCGGCCCAAGGAAGCCUUUCUGCGGAUGAAGCAGGAUCUUUCCGAUGGCAACCCCCAGAUGUGGGAUUUGGUGGCCUACCGUGUCCUCGAAAAGCCACAUCAUCGUACGGGCGACAAAUGGAGAAUCUAUCCCACUUACGACUUCACCCAUUGUCUUUGCGAUAGUUUCGAAGGCAUUACUCAUUCUCUGUGCACGACUGAAUUCAUCCUGUCCCGGGUUUCGUAUGAGUGGCUCAACAACAAGGUCGAUGUUCCCCACAAGCCAAUGCAGAGAGAAUAUGGCCGAUUGAACGUCACGGGCACCGUCUUAUCGAAACGCAAAAUCAAAAAGCUGGUGGACGAGAAGAUUGUCGCCGGCUGGGAUGACCCCCGACUCUACACUCUGGUUGCACUGCGGCGGCGAGGCGUGCCGCCAGGUGCCAUUCUGUCAUUUGUCAGCGAGCUCGGAGUCACCACCGCUACUAUCAACAUCCAGAUUGUGCGGUUUGAACAGUCAAUCCGCAAAUACCUGGAAAUGACAGUGCCUCGUCUCAUGCUCGUGCUCGACCCCGUUCCUGUGAUCAUUGACGACCUUCCGGACGAUCACUACGAGGAGCUGGAAAAUGCGUUUGGUCCGAAAGAUGUCGACAUGGGCUCUCACAAGCUGCCCUUUACCAAGAAGGUCUAUAUCGAGCGUGACGACUUCAGAGAGGUGGACAGCAAAGACUUCUUCCGCAUGGCCCCCGGCAAGCCUGUUGGCCUCCUGAAGGUUCCUUAUCCAGUCAUUGCCACGAGCUUCAAGAAGGAUGAGGCCACUGGGUUGGUCACCGAGAUACAUGCCAAGUACGACAAGCCAGCAGAGGGCGAAAAAGUCAAGAAGCCCAAGGCCUACAUCCACUGGGUCGCUGAUGCUCCGGGACAUGGUUCCCCAAUCAGAUGUGAAGUCCGCGUCUUCGGCCCUCUCUUCAAGUCCGUUAAUCCAGACGCGGUGGAGCCGAGCUUCAUGGCGGAUAUACGAGACGACAGUCUUAAAGUCUACCCGAAUGCAAUGGCAGAAGUUGGAUUGAAGGAGAUCUGGGCCCGCGCUCCAUGGCCUGAGGAAGCCGGGGAGAAGAAGGAUAAAUGCGGUCCUGAAUCGGUCAGAUUCCAGGCAAUGCGUACCGGAUACUUCUGUCUGGACAAGGACACAGAUGAGGCUGCAGGGAAGAUUGUGCUCAAUCGGAUUGUCAGUCUGAAGGAGGACGCUGGGAAGAGUGCAUGA